UGACGCUACCUUUUAAUUUACGCGACGCUGGGCCGGAGUACUGCUUGCAUAAGCGGGGUUCUUAUCGGCUUUCAGGAUUCCGCUGCUCAGAUCUCAUUUCCACAUGUCAGAGUCGGGACACAGUCAGCCUGGAUUGUAUGAACGACGUCGUCGCUGGAACCGAGAGAAGGAGCUGGGUCACCAAAGCCUGUCUGGGCCAGGGCGAGAGCGUGACUAUGUCCCCUGGGACCGGGACCGAGACCGAGACCGGAGGGAACCUAUGGAUGAACCAGUGGGGACUAUGAUGCAGAAGACACCCAUCAUUCUGGCCAAACCUCCUGCAGAGAGGUCCAAGGGGGCUCCAGUCUCUGUUCCCACCCCAGCACCUACUGCUGCUCCUGCCAUGGAAAAGCCCAUUGUGCUGAUGAAGUCCCGAGAGGAAGGCAAAGGUCCUGCUGGAGCCACAGAGGUAUCUGCUCAGCCCCCCGCAGCUGUUGCCAAGGUGGAGAAGGAAGGCCAGCGCCCCACCCAGCCGGUCUAUCAGAUUCAGAAUAGGGGUAUGGGCUCAACUGCAUCGAGUGGUGUUAUGGACCCUGUGGUUGGCCAGGCAAAGUUGUUAGCCCCGGAGAAGAUGAAGCAUAGCAUCAAACUGGUGGAUGACCAGAUGAACUGGUGUGACAGUGCUAUUGAGUACCUCCUGGACCAAACAGAUGUGCUGGUAGUUGGGGUAUUAGGACUGCAAGGUACUGGGAAGUCCAUGGUGAUGUCACUGCUAUCAGCUAAUCAGCCUGAAGAAGAUCAGAGGACAUAUGUGUUUCGCACUCAGAGCCAAGAGAUCAAGGAGCGUGGGGGCAACCAGACUAGCGGCAUUGACUUCUUCAUUACUCAGGAGCGUAUCAUCUUCCUUGAUACUCAGCCCAUUCUCAGUCCCUCCAUCCUAGAUCACCUAAUCAAUAAUGACCGGAAGCUGCCACCAGAGUACAAUUUACCCCAUACCUAUGUUGAGAUGCAGUCCCUCCAGAUUGCUGCCUUCCUCUUCACUGUCUGCCAUGUGGUCAUUGUGGUGCAGGACUGGUUUACUGACUUGAGCCUAUACAGGUUCCUUCAGACAGCUGAAAUGGUAAAACCCUCCACUCCAUCCCCCAGCCAUGAAUCCAGUAGCUCCUCUGGCUCCGACGAGGGGACAGAAUACUACCCACACAUUGUUUUUCUCCAAAACAAAGCCAAGAGAGAGAACUUUUGCCCUCGGAACCUGAAGCAGAUGCAUCUUGUUAUUGACAAGAUUAUGAUGCACUCACACCUGAAAUAUAAAGGUACUCUUUCCAUGCUUGAGUGUAACAUAUUCCCUGGCCUGCCGCAGAGCUACCUGGACACAGAGGUCAACCUGUUCUUACUGCCCUUCAUGGAUUCCGAUACAGAUGAUGUGCUACCCAGAGCAACUCCAGGGAGUGGCCCCCUCUUCUCCCUCCUUCCGGGGUACAAAGGACACCCCAGCUUCCAGUCUCUGAUUGCCAAGCUUCGGAGCCAGAUGAUGUCCAUGUCCCGGCCUCAGCUCUCCCAUACCAUCCUGACAGAAAAGAACUGGUUCCACUAUGCAGCGCGCAUCUGGGAUGGCGUAAAGAAAUCCUCCGCUCUCUCGGAGUACAGCCGGCUGCUGGCGUGAACACUGUCUCCAUGCUGGAGCUGCUGAGAGGCAGCUCCAUCCCUGAGCUGGAGCAGACCGGGAUAUCUGCCCCCUCAUGGCGAGGCACAGGAUGAUGGGUCUCCCAGAGAGGGGAGCUGCACUCUGUUGGUGCCAGGCAAGAUUUGAGGAGAAAUGCAGGAUUGGCUUUGUGUCCCCAGGGGAUCACCAUUCUGCCUCCUGCUCAAAAUGGAUCUUGCCCAUUUUUUCCACCGAUGUACCUAGAUGGGAGAGCUCUUGAUGUCUUCUCCUGUCCUAAAACUCAUUCCGGAGCUACAGGGUCCUUUGAAUGAGGGGUUACACCAAGAUUACCUGCAUUUUCAUAGUGGGAGGGGGGAUGAUGAAAUUCCUCUACACUGGAGUGACAGGUGAGGCCCGAGGUCAGUGGGGAGUUGACGUUUGUGUAUUUGCAGUCUGCAUCCUACUUUAGCGUGUCAUUCAUAUAUGCUUCCAUUUUGCGGAACAUGUAUCCUGCCUCUAAUCUCCCUAUUCCAGCCUGUGUCCCUUCUCCCCAUUUCUCCCUACUUUUUCUUGGUCUCUGCCGCAGACUGGACAGACCCCUCCUUUUUUGCAUGGAUGGCUAGUCCUUGUUUAAUAAACUGUUGAAGCAGCUUCAA